ACUGGAGCGCACAGGCAGCAUUACGCCAUUCUUCCUUCUUGGAAAAAUCCCUCAGCCUUAUACAAGCCUCCUUCAAGCCCUCAGUCAGUUGUGCGGGAGAAAGGGGGCGGUCGGCUUUCUCCUUUCAAGAACGAGUUAUUUUCAGCUGCUGACUGGAGACGGUGCACGUCUGGACACGGGAGCAUUUCCACUAUGGGACUGGAUACAGACACACGCCCGGCGGACUUCAAGGCGCUCAGACUGAGGAGAAAGCCCUGCCUGCUGCCGCCGCCGCUGCUCCUGGAGACCCACUCCUUUCAUGGUUUUUCCUGCCAAGCCAGAGACACCUUCGCUGCCGCUGCCUUUCUCUGUGGUGUCAGUCAGCGGCUGGCCAGAGGAUGAGACUCCCCAAACUCCUCACUUUUUUGCUUUGGCACCUGGCUUGGCUGGACCUGGAAUUUAUCUGCACUGUGUUGGGUGCCCCUGACUUAGGCCAGAGACCCCCAGGGGCCAGGCCAGGGUUGGCCAAAGCAGAGGCCAAGGAGAGGCCACCCCUGGCCCGGAACAUCUUUAGGCCAGGGGGCCAAAGCUAUGGUGGGGGCCCUACCAAUGCCAGGGCAAAGGGAAGCUCUGGGCAAACACAGGCCAAGAAGGAUGAACCCAGAAAGAUACCCCCCAGAUCCGGUGGGCCUGAAACCAAGCCAGGACCCCCUCCCCAGACUAGGCAGGCUGCAGCACGGACUGUAUCCCCAAAAGGACAGCUUCCUGGGGGCAAAGCAUCCUCAAAGGCAGGAUCUGCCCCCAGCUCCUUCCUGCUGAAGAAGACCAGGGAGCCUGGGACCCCUCGAGAACCCAAGGAGCCGUUCCGCCCACCCCCCAUCACACCCCAUGAAUACAUGCUCUCGCUGUACAGGACGCUGUCCGAUGCUGACAGAAAGGGACGCAACAGCAGCGUGAAGUUGGAGGCUGGCCUGGCCAACACCAUCACCAGCUUUAUUGACAAAGGGCAAGAUGACCGAGGCCCUGUGGUCAGGAAGCAGAGGUACGUGUUUGACAUCAGUGCUCUGGAGAAGGAUGGACUACUGGGGGCUGAACUGCGGAUCCUACGGAAGAAGCCCUUGGACAUGGCCAAGCCCGCAGUCCCCAGUAGCGGGCGGGUUGCCCAGCUGAAGCUGUCCAGCUGCCCCAGCGGCCGGCAGCCGGCAGCCUUGCUGGAUGUGCGCUCCGUGCCAGGCCUGGAUGGAUCUGGCUGGGAGGUGUUCGACAUCUGGAAACUCUUCCGAAAUUUUAAGAACUCAGCGCAGCUGUGCCUGGAGCUGGAGGCCUGGGAACGGGGCCGGGCUGUGGACCUCCGCGGCCUGGGCUUUGAACGCUCUGCCCGACAGGUCCACGAGAAGGCCCUGUUCCUAGUGUUUGGUCGUACUAAGAAACGGGACCUGUUCUUUAAUGAGAUUAAGGCCCGCUCUGGCCAGGAUGACAAGACUGUGUAUGAAUACCUGUUCAGCCAGCGAAGGAAACGGCGGGCCCCACUGGCCAAUCGCCAGGGCAAGCGACCGAGCAAGAAUCUCAAGGCUCGCUGCAGUCGCAAAGCUUUGCAUGUCAACUUCAAGGACAUGGGCUGGGACGACUGGAUCAUCGCACCCCUUGAGUAUGAAGCUUUCCAUUGCGAAGGACUAUGCGAGUUCCCCUUGCGCUCCCAUUUGGAGCCCACAAACCAUGCAGUCAUCCAGACCCUGAUGAAUUCUAUGGAUCCUGAAUCCACACCACCCACCUGUUGUGUGCCCACACGGCUCAGUCCCAUCAGCAUCCUCUUCAUUGACUCUGCCAACAACGUGGUGUAUAAACAGUACGAGGACAUGGUCGUGGAAUCCUGUGGCUGCAGGUAGCGGCACUGGCCCUCUGUCUUCCAGGGUGGCACAUUCAGAGAGAACCCCUCCACAUGCUCCUGGAAUCACAGAGGGGUUGUGAAGUGUCCCGACAGCCUGCAGGAAAG